AGAGUGGGUUAUACUAAGGAAUUGCGGAGGCAAAGUAUGGGUAAAAGGUCACAUUAGAAUAGACGAUAGUAAGGUGUAGAUGACAGUGGUGGUUCUUGGGGUAGAGGUUUUGAUAGUAGGGUGGGUAACAAAGGAUUACAGUAGGGUGAGUGACCGUAGAAGCUGUGACAGUUGGGUGGGUGCCAAUAGAGGUUGGGUCAGUAGAGAUUUUAAUUGCAGGGAGAAAAUAAAAAUGGGUACAUUUAAUAGAGUGUAGUUUACUACUACUACUACUACCGAUUGUACAAUUUACUAUACUAGUACCAGUAGCAGAACACUCACACGCACCAAGGUUCAAUCAAAAUGAAUCGACGUUUAGAUAAAGGAGAACAACAGAUGAUUCACUACCAACAGGCACUUGGUAGUGCCUUUCGUGAAACCAGCUCACAACUGAAUAAAUACAAAAAGACACUAUUUUGGCAGAGCAGAAAAUACUAUCGCCUGAAGACAGAAGGAGAAGAGUUGGACCUAAUUUUGUCUAUUUGUCGAUCAUAUAAAAUACCACCACUAGAACAAGCUAUGAUAAACGCUUUGCAACAACUAGAAAACAGUUACAUGGAUGGAGUCAACGGACAAAUGACACCAGAACAAAGAGCCACACUCGACAAAUGCCUGAAAAUUUCAAAGACAAAACUUCAUGAAGACGAACGUGAUGCGGAAUUGUCUGAAGAAAUAAUAUCAGUAGUAAAGAGAUAUAUUCACUUAAUGGAAAACCGGCUUCAGGUGAAGACUGUUGAAUUUGGAAAACAAUACACAGAACUGUCAAAACUACGAGCGGAAUUGUCUUCUCUGCAGUGUAGACUGACUACCUUCGAAGCGAUGUGUUCCCGCCUUGACGCUUUACACAAUGAUGCUAGUUUCAGAAUGCAAAAGCUGGUGAGGGUCUCUUCAAAUGCACAUCGUAAAAAAGAAGAAGCUAAUACAAAAAUUGUCAGCCUCAACGAACGAAUUGAACACAAUGAAAACCUUUAUAGAUUUGAAAUGAACGAAAUUGAUAGGAAUGCUUUCAACGCGAUGAAUUUUGAAGAAUUCAUUUCGGUGUUGGUGCAGGAGCGAGAAGUGUAUUCACUAGAUAUUUAUUUGAAGAAAAAUGAGAAAGAAUUGGCCACACGGCGUCGACAGCUAAAUGAAUACAUGAAAGCAUUUUCUAAGAUCAAAGAAGUUAGCGGCUAUCUUGACAUAAAAUCAACAAUAAGUCGCUUUCAAAACAAGAGGAGUGACAACUUUUCACUUUUUAGGUUUCUGGUGGAAAUUCACUCCGAAAUUGGAAACCUCAAUGCAGAAAUGAACAUUUUGCUUCCCAUCAUUGCUAAAAAACAACAGACAUACCUGCAUGACCAUGCAGUGUUGCGUAGGACUCUGCAUAAUAUUCAGAAUUUGGACCAGGAUGAGGUUGAAGCAGCCGACAGUGAGGCGGAUGAAAUAGAGCAGUCAAAGGAAGCUUUAAUAGAAUUUAAACUUGAACUGAUAGAGUUAAUGGAAGUCAUAGGCAGCGAUGUAAGCACCUUGAAAAAUAUCGAUGAUAUUGUGUCCAACACGAAAUUGAUCAAGCAGUCUAUAAUAGAUAUCCAUGAGAAAGUGAAUCAAUUGGUGCAACUAAAGAUGUACUAUGAUCGACAUAAACUGUCACAGAACGUGUAUGAUCCGAACGCAUAUCGAAAGCAUCACACCCUGGUUUCAACUCCUACAUUAACGUUCCUGGAGUGAUGAAGAGAAACAAUAUGGAGAGCAGCUGCAAGUUUAAGAAAAGGGGGAGGAAAAAAUUAUACAUUGAGAUAUGUAUUAUAUUGACAAACAUGUGCAGAGCCUAUAUGUGUCUAUGUAUAUGAGUACAUAUGUGUGUGU